AUGGGUCCCCUGCCUCGGGGUUGGCUUCGCCUGGCCCUCUCUCUAUGCCUCGCUUGUGGCUGGGCCUCUAUUAUUCCAGGGGUUGCGGAAGUCGACUUGAUCUUUCCGCGCAAUGGGAGCUAUCCUCCCUCCACGCUGACCCCGAUCAUAUUCGCCAUCCAAAAUCCCAGUCUCCUGUCAAGCGUCCAUCCGCGAAUUCGAUAUUACAUCGACCAAGUAAAUGUCAACAGCAGUGAAAAGGUCUCUUACUCAGGUAGCAUCGAAUUAGAGAAGGUUAAUUUUACCGGAAGCGAUCCAUCCUUCCUCUAUUGGAGCACCAGCAAGUUUGAUAUUGAAGGGACAUUCGAGAUCAUCUGGGCUCUCGAUAUGUAUAACUGCUCUCGUGAACCGGAGAGUACAGAUUUCACGCUUGUAUAUCUGGGUGGACACGGUGGGAGCCAGUCUUUCUUCUCUAUUAAGAAUGGCACUUCGCCACCGGACUUUGUCGCCCUAACCGAGGAUGAUACCUGUGAAGAAACCUUGGCUCAGGCCAUACAUGUCCCGGAGCUUUUGAACGUUCCAUCCGGGCAAAUCUGGGGCAGCGUAACACGAACAACAGACUGGUACGCUCCAAAGCCUACUUGGCGUGGUUCUUACUGUGCAGUCACUGCGGAUCGGUUGCCGACUGCUCGUCCUUGUAACGUCAAGAUUGACUCCUCAGCUGCCACAAGUAUUUCGGCGGCCUUGACCGGUACUGCCUGCGCCAACCCGCUCCGCCGCACAGGGCUGAGCUGCCCAACCCCAUCGUCUGAAAAUGCGGCCCCUGUGGGGCCAUCAUACGUCGAGAGGCCAUGGAUAUUAGUGAUGGGUUUGCUGCUCGCUUACGGUCUCGCGUGA